AACAGUGUGUGUAACAUGGCGGAGUGUCGCUCGCAGUGCCAGUGAGUGAGGUGGUGUUUCUUGUUACUCUCACUGUCUGUGUGUUGAUUUUCCUUCCUAGUAGUGCGUGCGCGUUGUUUAACUUGUCACAGUGAACUAUUAGAGCCGCCAGGCAAGCUGACGACUCCUGUAGCGCCCAAAGGUUGUGCAAGAUGGUUGUAGGCGGUUAAAUAGCAAGGCCCCUCCAGUGGGCGGCCUUCAUAUCAUCUGCACCUAAACACCACGCCCACUGGCCCUCUCUCACCCACACCAGUCCACCCAAGUGUCUAUUUCACUGUAAGUCACUCAUGGCCUCCUGCCUUGCCCUCCCCUGAGCAGUUUGUAAAUAUGCCCCUGGAGAAGUGCUUUCACCUCUGUUAUCAAGUCUCAUUGUGCCCACACUAGUGAUAAGUGGUGUGAAAGGUUCUUUAUUAUUUAGAUAAAAAAAUAUAUGAACAUUUGAUGGUGUAAUAAUAGUAGUGAUAUAGUGUGAGAAAAGAAAAAGAAAAGCCCUAUUGAAAAGUGGGCAGGGACCUUGCUGUGAGGUGGCACUUGUUUCAAGUGUAUCCCAUUGCAGUGUAAUGGUGGCAUUGCCUUAAGCAGCCAUGGGUGUGGGUGCUGGUGCACCAACACAUACGUGAUGGGUUUACUGAAUAGUGUGUGAGCCUGGGCUGGCCUCCCGUAGCGUGGGCGUCAGAGCCCGUGGUGUGGGUGGGCAUGGCUCGUCGAGGUGGCGAUGCAGCCAAACAAGUGGUGGUGUCUGUGGUGGGUGUAUCAGGUGGAGAGAGAGAGAAGGGCGUGACCGGCUUGGGAAAGUCAUGUCUUUGCAACCGCUUUACCAAGCCUCAGGCCGAUCAGUACUACGUCGACCACAUUUCCGUCCUCUCGCAGACGGACUUCAGUGGACGUGUGGUGAACAACGACCACUUUCUGUAUUGGGGAGAGGCAGCAAGAUUGGCUGAUGAUGGCCUUGAAUUCAGCUUCCAGGUCAUUGAACAAACAGAAUUCAUUGAUGAUGCUUCCUUCAUGCCUUUCAAAGCUGGAAAGAUGGAUCCAUACAUAAAACGCUGCUGUGCCACCAAGAUCCAGUCAGCGGAGAAACUCAUGUAUAUAUGCAAGAACCAACUAGGUAUAGAAAAGGAAUAUGAGCAGCGUGUUUUGCCUGAUGGGAAGCUUAAUGUUGAUGGGUUCCUGUGUGUGUUUGAUGUCUCACAGGUUCCCAAUCGCUCUUUAGAACGUCAGGUAGAACUCACCGCUAGUAUCUUAAAUAACUGCCUCAAAACUAAGCGGCCGGUUGUUCUUGUAACGACAAAGAAUGAUGAGGCUAAUGAGGUAUAUGUUAAGGAGGCUGAGAAGUUAGCGAGCAGAAAAGAGUUUAAGGGGAACAUCCCUCUAGUGGAAACUUCCUCGCAUGAAAAUGUUAAUAUAGACUGUGCGUUUAUGACAUUAGCACAUUUGAUAGACCGUAAUAGAGGAAGAAUUCGUAUUGUUCCAUUUUAUGAGGCAGCGAGACAUAGAAAAGAAAUUCUUGAUGUAGCAACAGAUGCCUUCCAAAGAUUAGUGCGCACUCAUGUUCUGGACUAUCGGUCUAUAUGGGCCACAACUAGUAAAAAACUUGCUCAAAGUCCUGAUUUUAUACAUUAUGUGGACCUCUUUGGUAUGGACCAAGCGGCCAAAUUGUUCCGUCGUCAUGUCAAGAAACUCAAAGAUGAAUACCUCCAAAGAAAAGUGGAGGCAUACAUGGACAUGCUGCCCUCCAUUCUGCGUGAGUUCUUCCCGGACCUGCAGAGCUUAGAAGACGGGGAUUGGCUAAGUAUACAGCAAAGAAUAAGUGAACAUCCAGAUUUUGAUCGGUAUUUCCUGCGCUGCAAUGAAGAUAUUCCUUGGUCAGAAAAUACGGAACUUCUUGACUCGGCUGACACUCGCAUUCCGUUUGAUGUUCUCGACUCCAAUGAAGCAGAGACUGUGUUCAAAAAUCAUGUGAAUGCUCUCCAGGCAGAAUUAGAAAUGAGAGAGCUUCCACGAAGGAUGCGCGACAAGUUCAAGUUAUUGCUGGCCGAAACCGGGUAUGUUACGCCAGGCAAGAGACUAGAUGAGGUGCGUGUACUAUUCAUGGGUAGAGAAAGCUUUGACUCUCUCUCGGAACAUGAUCGUCAGUUUAUUUAUGAUCAGCAUCAGAAGGACAUCACUGAAAAAGCAAGACAAAAUUUUCAUGAGCUGCUACUGGAGCAAGCAGAACUAUUUUAUCACGUUAAAAGCAUUGCCCCCACCGGCACCAUCACUCAGGAGGACAUCCGAGAAAUAACUCAGACGUUACAGGAAGACAGCAGCUUAUCUUAUUGCAGAUAUAAAGCAUUGGACAGGUUAGAAAGUGAACGAACCUUAUUGCUGCUUCAGCAUUUAGGCUUUGUCCAUUGCCCCAAGAAAGAACACUGUCCGUCGUUCCCCAACUGCAUGGACUGCCUCAUUGAGAAAAUUAUAGCCAAUAAAGCAGCCAGUAAUAGUCGGCCAGGUUCAGGCACAUGGAGCAGUAAAAAUGUAGACUAUGGUGUGCGCUCUGACCCUCAAGUUAAUCUUGUCUUGUUGGGCAACCAGGGUCUGGCCGAGGACCUCCAAAAUGUUAUUCGGUCUGUGUGUGAAGAUGAUGAGUUCGAGUUGGACAAUCAGAUAUUCUCAUUAGACUACCGAAGUAUAGAUGGAGAUGUUUCUCUUCCUCAAAACUCCUUCAAGACGCCUGAAUUUACUCCUCAUGGUGUUGUGUGCGCGUACAGCAAUGAGGCAUCACUGGAGUACGUAAGAGAGUCGUUAGAAAAGUCAUUACUGACUCAACUAGAAAGGGAGGAGUCAACUCCGACGCCUCCCAUCACCGUCCUAUUCGCUCCCGAUCCUGACCUCGACCACAAUGCCUCGCAGCACCUGCACGAUGAAGGGGCAAACUUAGCCGAUAGUCCCCCUGGCAGCUUGCAAUGCACCUUUAUGGACGUUGGACCAAGUGUGGGCGGUGGUGAGGGGCGUAGGUUUGACAGUAGUCUGGUGACCAAGGCCUUACGCUCCCUCAUCACCAAUAUCCAGCAUCGCAAUAACUCUCUCAACAUCUUUAAUUCGGCCGUUUUGCCUCGGGACACUCAGCCAGAUAUAAGAAUUAUUAUGUGUAUGUUGUGUGGAGAUCCAUACUCAGUGGAGAAUGUACUUAGUCCACUGCUUAGUCACCAGUGGUGUGUGGUGACUGGAGAACAAUCCAUCUCGCUACAAACAUUCCUAGAUGACUGCAAGCGUCGUGUGGAGGUCAUAGUGUCAUCGUACCACGGUGCCAAUGCAUUUCGAGAAGAUUUGGUGCACGGUUUUAUUCUUGUUUACUCCACAAAGCGCAAGGCUUCUUUGGCCACACUCAGGGCUUUCUCUGCAAACAUUCCCAAUCUUCCUAUCCAGAUUUUGGCAAUGACCGACACAAACAGUGCAUCAGCGUUUUUUGGGUCGGAUAUCUCACAGCAGCUUAUCACUGAAGGUAAUGCUAUUGCCGACAGACUGCAGGCACAUUUCAUGACCUCCACUGCAACUUGCCAACAGAAAACUGCAUUUUACACACCCUUCUUUAAGGAGGUGUGGGAUAAGAAGCCCGAGAUUGAGCAGGCAUUUAAUAUGGAAGACCCCUCAGGCUUGGAUGACUCUGGUGAGGGCACUUUAGAGCGACCUCCUCACCACUAUCACCGCAGCAUAACAUUGCCACCGCCGAGACGCAACCUCCCGCCCAGGUCUCAAUCUGCAGAGGGAAGCAGUUCGGAGAUUUAUGAAACGGUGCCGACCGAUGGUUCCCACGAUGACCUGGAUGAGCCCCUCUCUCCUGUGUUUCCUGAUGAUCAGCCACUCACACCUUCAGAUGAUUCUGAUAUCUACUCCCACAUUGACAAUGACGAAGAGGAGCACCUUGUUAAACCCUCGCAGCUUAAAAAGCAACAUAGAUUUCAGCAAGAAUUAUUUCGUCAAUCGUAUCCGAGCACAGAAUCUCUGCCCACAACUGUGUCUUCCCGCUCAAAGGUUUCCACCCAGCCCUCGGACCUGGAGCCUACUUAUCCUCCCCUCCCUCCAUACCCUCCCCCUCCUCCUUCAACUUCUCCACCACCUUAUAGUUAUGCCACACGUGACCAAUCCUUUGAUGGUGGGAGCGGGGGCUCAUACCAACAACGGGACGGGGCCGCUUCCCCCUCCCCACGUGACCGACCCCCGCCAUACUCAUUUGCCCCACGUACCCUGCCCCAUGACAUGAAUAAACCCCAACCCGCCCCUAGACACCAGUUCUUUAAGGCAGAGAGUUUGACGCUCGACCAUGGGGCCUCUGACCGAGACUACCUCAUGAUACGAGAGCGCGCAGACAGGGGCUGGCAGGAUGACAGCCUGUGCUCCCGGCGGCUGGAGGACUUCUGGGGCGAGGGAUAUCCUCAGGCCUUUACCACUGGCCGACGGGCUAAAUUUCCUCCUCCUCCAACCAAACCCAGACCCAAGGCCAGCCAGACACUGAAGACGUUGCAGACGCUGAGCGAUGCGGUGUAUCAGGUCACGACCAAGCAACCUGGCAAACUAAACCUUAAGGCCUAUAGCAACGUGACUGAUGCCAUUGGCAAAAUAAACCUCAAAGACGCGGGUCUUCUACACUCUAAACUAACCAAAGGGGGUUCCGUGCACGCACCCCUUGCCACCCCAGAGAACAUGGACCUUGGCCCAGAUUACGCCGCUCAGGUGAAGGAUGCUGUCCCUGGCUUGUAUGGUAGCUUUGAGGCAGGAGACUAUGCAUAUUCCAGAGUGCAAGAGAUUCCCCAAGCUGCCGGCUCAAAGACCAGGAGACAGCGGAGGGAGAAGGGACGGCAAGCGUACUCGGACUCAGACUCUGAAUGGAGUUCCCUUGAGCGGCGUCGUACUGCCGAUUCCUACAAAGUCAACCGCAAAGCCGUACCCAAGAGGAUGAAAAAGAAGCGUCUCCCGAUACCCGUAGCUGCCCCCCGUGUGCCCCCCCUACCCUCCUUCUAUGUUGCCGAGGGAGGACCAGGCACUCGCUAUUCGGAUGAGAGGCUAUUGCUCGACCCCUAUGAGAAAGUGGUGAGUGGAUCAGCCUCAGAUGAUUCCGAGGCCACCGACAGAGAGGAUCCAGCUGCAUCGCACUCCAAAUAUAAACCUCAGAAACGCUCUGUUCAAUUUAAAAAGAAGACGGGAGGCAGGGAGGGCGUGGCAGUGCGCCCUCCAGUGGUGCCCCCCCUGCCCCCCACACAUCCCCCGCCCCACCCUCCCACCUCCCACCCACGCAUGGGGCUGGCUGCCACCCCUCACCACAACCCUCUAUCGUACCCCAUGGCAGCCCAGCUUCCCCCAGACACCGACUUAUUCUCCCCCUCAUUCGCCCCUGGCAAGCUCGAAGGAGAUCACAUGUACAGGGUAAUUCCUGAGGAUGACUCCAGCAUAGAGGUAUCAUCUCCUCGUGACCAACAGUCCCCAAUCCUGCCACCUGGGGCACCGGCACGCAAAGAAACCGAUAAGACUGCUCGCCGCAAGCAAGAGAAAAUUCGUUCUCGGGAAGAGGCCCGGCAAAGAGAGGAAGAACGUAAGAGAGCCAAGGAUGAGGAAAAGAUGAAAAAGGCUGCUGAAAAGGAAAAGGAACGAGAAAAGAAGAAAGCGGCUAAAGGCUCCACCAAGGGUUCCACAAAGGGCCCGCCACAGCCUACAUUGGAAGAUUUCGUCCAGAGCCCGGAGCGAUCGGUGCCCUUGUUCUUAGAGAAGUGUGUGUACUUCAUCGAGGUGGAAGGACUAGAUUCCGAGGGGAUAUACCGUGUACCUGGCAACAAGGUUCACGUUGAGCAGUUGACAACCAAAUUUAAAGAAGAUAAUGCAGUGGACUUUGCUGAGCUGGAUAUUCCUGUAAAUGCAGCAGCAACAGCACUGAAGGACUACCUGAAGCAACUCCCACCCCUCCUUCCACAGAUCCAAUUGAUGGAGCUAACCACUAUUGCAAUCCACAACAGAAAAUUUGAGACAAGACUAAUUGGUGUUACCUUCCUUGGCACAGGCAUCGGAGACCGGAGUUUAAGGCUACUUAGGUUAAAAGAGAUGCUGACUGGUCUACCCCGAGUAAACUUUGAGGUCUUAAAGUUUAUCUUCCAGCAUUUUGUGAGAGUUGCAGAGAAUUGCAAAUUAAAUUCCAUGGACAGUAAAAAUUUGGCCAUCUGUUGGUGGCCAACAUUGCUGCACACCCUCCAGUUUACAGACAUUGCCGAAUUUGAAUCUCAACGUCCACACAUCGAAGACAUCAUCCAGACCAUGAUUGAUCAGUUCCCUUUCCUAUUUCAGGGCAAGGAGGAUUAUGUCAUGGUCUGAUAUUAAGCUACGUUUUCCUGGUAAACAUAACUUAAUUUGUUUACACUCAGCUCUAUUUUACUAGCUCAGGUCAAAAUGUAGCUUUUAAUAAACAAAAAAGGUUAUGUUUAGCAUGAAAACUUAACCCCCUCCUCACUUCCUGCAGCAACACCCUCUGCUGCACACCGUUCCCACAUGAGCCAGGAACCUCAGUACCACAUGGUGUGACUUGUGGUUAUACAGUACCUGGUCACCAGUGGCUCCUGCCACAUGCGCCACAACUUAACACACUGUUGGCCACAACUAGAUAUACUUCAUUGACAAUUUAUGCCAUGAACUAGGGUUAUUAACCCAUAAUGGAGAAAAUUUUGAAAAGGUGCUGUUAAGUAUCAGUUGAAUGUUGUGGCCAAGUGGUAGUGUUAGUUGCUCUGAACUGCCUGCCAGUUCAGCAGUGAACAAUACCUUGUAAUUUUAUUUUACACAGAAUUGUGUGUUAUGUAUCAUAGGAAAGUCAACCAAAGAAAAUUAUCUUCCCUGUAGUGGAAUGAUAACGAUUGUGAUUAAAUCAGGCGGAGUUAGUGGAUAUUUCAAUGAAAGUCAAAUUGUUGUAUCAGCAAUGUUGACUGAUUAUAGAGUAGAAUUUUGGGUCAACUUUCCAGUACAUUAAUUCUUCUUUACUGUGUGCCAGAACAAAACCACAAACGGUGUAUGUGUAUGUGCAGAUAAAGAUACUUGCAUCAAAUGUGGUUUAUUAAGUCAGAGAAGUCAAAUCUGCAGUAAGUAAUGUUUGGCCACCAUGUAACAGUAUGUGAUUAUAUUGGGAUUUAACAUACUUUUUU